AUAUAGUGUAAUGCAGGGUCCAGGGAGACCAGAUAUAGUGAAUGCAGGGUCCUGGGAGACCAGAUAUAGUGAAUGCAGGGUCCGGGAGACCAGAUAUAGUGAAUGCAGGUUCCGGGGAGACCGGAUAUUGUGAAUGCAGGGUCCCGGGGAGAGCGGAUAUAGUGAAUGCAGGGUCCGGGAGACCAGAUAUAAUGAAUGCGGGGUCUGGGGAGACCAGAUAUAGUGAAUGCAGGGUCCGGGGAGACCGGAUAUUGUGAAUGCAGGGUCCGGGGAGAGCGGAUUUAGUGAAUGCAGGGUUCGGGGAGACCAGAUAUAGUGAAUGCGGGGUCCGGGGAGACCAGAUAUAGCGCAUGCAGGGUCCGGGGAG